GUACCUCAUCGUCAUGUGUUUAUCUCUGCAGUGACCCUGCCAUGAAGCAGUUUCUGCUGUACUUGGAUGAGUCAAACGCCUUAGGGAAGAAGUUCAUCAUUCAGGACAUUGAUGACACGCACGUCUUCGUCAUAGCAGAGUUGGUUAAUGUCCUCCAGGAGCGUGUGGGUGAAUUAAUGGACCAAAACGCUUUUUCUCUUACCCAGAAGUAAAAAUGCUAGGUAUUGACCAAUUAGGAAUUAAAAGUAGCAAAUUUGAGAGCCUGUAUCUUAUGUGACUCAGUAUCUUAUGUGACUGGUUAGACUUCGAGAAUUGCUUAGAAGCAUGCUGUGGGAAAGACUGUGGUGUCAUUUGUUCAGGAAAAAACCCCGAACUCAUUUUCUUGUUCUGUUUUUUUCAGUAUGUGUACCCUAGAAUUAAAAAAAA